CACCACCCUUGUCGGAGGUCUCCUUGUUCCUUGUCCCAACCCAGCACUAAAAUUAAGACAACUCAUUCUAUCCCCCGGAAAUUACCAAAAUGGCCUCAACCUCCUCCUCCUCUUCUCUUCUCCAAAUUCAUCUCCCCUUAUUUUGAUCCCUCUCCCCUAGCGCUCGAUUUGGGUCUCUUCCGCUUCCCACGAUAACAUCUCUUUUGAUUGGAUCCAUUUCGAUCGCUGGGGCUCCUUUGUAUUGUAGAAUAUUUUGUGGGUUUGUUUAUUUUUGUGAUAACUUAUUGGAAAGGGGGAGACUUUUUGGGUUUUGAUUUGUAUACAAGAUGUGGAGGGAUCCGGGACUUCCUACUGAUUCUUUUUAUGAGGUCCGGGCUGAGUGCAAUGAUGUGCCAAAGACAAAUUUUAAGAUCAAGAAUGGAAAGACUCUUAGCCAAAGAAGAUGGCAGGCUGCAUUUAGUUCAGAGGGUUACUUAGAUAUAGGACCAACUCUUGCUCGAAUUCAUAGAGGAGGUGUUCAUCCUUCAAUUAGAGGAGAAGUUUGGGAGUUUCUACUUGGCUGUUUUGAUCCUGGAAGCACCUUUGAAGAGCGAGAUCAAAUAAGACAAAGACGAAGAGUACAAUAUGCUAGAUGGAAGGAAGAGUGUCGUGAGAUGGAUUCUCAUGUUGGGAGCGGUAAGAUUAUUACAGCUCCAAUUAUUACAGAUGAUGGUCAACCUAUUCAAGAUCCUUUGGUGCUGCUUCAAGCCGUUCCAAAUCAAGGGGCUCAAGCUUCAGGAAGCAACGGGAAUCUUAGUAGCAAUAAUUCCCAUGUGGACACAGCUCCUCCCAUUACAGACAAAAAAAUAAUCCAAUGGAAACUUACAUUACAUCAAAUUGGUCUUGACGUGCUUCGCACUGACAGAACACUUGUGUUUUACGAGAAGCAAGAAAAUCUCUCAAAACUGUGGGAUAUUCUUGCUGUCUAUGCUUGGAUUGACAAAGAUGUUGGCUACUGUCAAGGAAUGAGUGAUAUUUGCUCUCCGAUGAUAAUUAUUCUCGACAAUGAAGCAGAUUCGUUUUUUUGUUUUGAGCGCUUGAUGCGCAGAUUGCGAGGAAAUUUCAGAUGCACAAACCAAUCUGUCGGGGUCGAGAGUCAACUCCAAAGUUUAGCUGAAAUAACUCAAGUUCUUGACCCAAAGCUUCAUCAGCACCUUGAAACACUAGGUGGGGGUGAUUAUCUAUUCGCAUUUCGUAUGUUUAUGGUAUUAUUUCGCCGAGAGUUCUCAUUUGGAGAUUCUUUGUUUCUUUGGGAGAUGAUGUGGGCUCUGGAAUAUGACCCUGACUUCUUUUCUGUGUAUGAAGCCCAAGAUGUGGGGGUUGGAAAUGACAAAAAGGAUGGAUCUAAAGGGAAAGUAAAAUCAACUCGCCAGCUUGGCAAGUAUGAGCGUGAAAAUAUGAGGUCCAAAAUUGAUGCUCCACUCCCAAUUACAGUUUUUCUUGUUGCUAGUGUCCUCAAGGACAAAAGCGCAAAGCUACUGCAAGAAGCAAGAGGCUUGGACGAUGUUGUCAAGAUUUUGAAUGACAUCACUGGAAACUUGGAUGCUAAAAAAGCUUGUAGUGGAGCACUGAAACUUCACAAGAAGUACUUGAAAAAGGCCAAGAAAUCAUAAUUGAUGAAAUAAAGCUACGAUUCCAUCAUCCUGGAUUCUUCAUCUUGCUACUCGCAGCAGGGUGUUUUUUUCAUAAUUGUUGUCAGCGUGGACGUCUCCAAAUUAACUAUUAUUACACGAAAAAUCCAAGAUAUCAUAUUGUUUGUUGCUUGAGCCCGAAUGAUAUGUAUGAUGAUGUUGUAUUCGUCUUAAUUCAUUGUACACACACAACACUCUGAUUAUACCAUCGUCACAACCACUGUUGUAUC